CCUUGAAAUGGGCUUACGAAGGAAAGGCUAGCCUUUCGCGCCGUUUCCUGCCGAAGCUGUCGGUUUGGAUAAAAAUAAUACUUUUCACAACAUAACACAACACAAUCAAGGUGGUUUGAUUUAACGUUCAAACUUUGUUUCCGUUGCUCUCAUUGAAUUGGGCAUUUGAAGCUCAUUUCAUCGGAUUUUCAGAUGCCCAAUCAAGAUGGCUAAAGCGUUGAACAAAACUGUGAAGGUGUGUUACCCCCCUGGCUGCAAGGAGGUCAGCGAGGAAGUAGCCAAGGAUGAACUUGUCAGAAGACUCAAGCUCCUGGCCCGGGCAUUCCAGGACAUGGGUCAGGACGACAAUGACCAGUAUGCUGGACUGGCCCUCAUGCUGGCCACAGAUUUCUACCUGGACCACCAGAACAAAGAUGUCCGACUACUUGUGGCAUGCUGCAUUGCUGAUGUCUUUAGAAUAUUUGCUCCAGAAGCCCCAUACAAAGAUCAAGAUCAUCUGAAGGAGAUUUUCCUGUUCCUGAUCAAGCAGCUGAGGGGGUUGGAGGAUCCUGAAGCUCCAUCUUUCAAAAGAUAUUUCUAUUUAUUGGAAAACCUGGCCUGGGUGAAGUCCUUCAACAUCUGCAUUGAGCUGGAUGACAACCAGGAGAUAUUCUGCUCCCUCUUCAAACUCAUGUUUUCCAUAGUCAGCGACAAGCAUUCCAGCAAGGUGAAGAACUUCAUGUUGGACAUGAUGACGCCACUUAUAGCUGAGGCUGACACAGUGUCGCAAGAACUGUUGGAUGUGGUCCUCAUCAACAUAGUAGAACCUCAGAAGUCGCAGAACAAACAUGCCUAUGCCUUGGCGAAGGACCUCUUGAGGAGAACCAGUAACGCCAUCGAACCAUACAUUCAGGCAUUCUUUAACAACACGCUGAUGCUGGGGAAGACCUCGGAGAGUGAGGUGUCGGAUCACCUCUAUGAUCUCAUCUAUGAGCUGAACCAAGUGUCUCCCAAUGUACUGCUGGCUGUCCUACCACAGCUGGAGUUUAAACUCAAGAGUAAUGAAGAACAUGAGCGAAAACAUGUGACAAAAUUACUGGCAAAGAUGUUCUCUGAACCUGGAUCGGACCUGGCCAACCAGAACAAACCACUGUGGUACUGCUUCCUUGGCAGGUUCAAUGACAUCAGUACAUCUGUACGCAUCAUCUGCUGUUCGUUUGCUCAGUACUUUGUGCUAAACCACCCAGAACUGACUAAAGACAUCCUUGAGCAACUAAAGGUUCGGCAACACGACCCUGAGGAGACUGUGAGGAUUGAGGUCAUCAACUGUGUCAUGAAUGUUGCCAAGAAAGACUUCGACUUUGUAAAUGAAGAAAUGAUGACCUUCAUUAAAGAGAGAACCUUGGACAAGAAGUUCAAGAUUCGUCGUGAAGGGCUGCUGGGUCUAGGCACGAUGUACAAACAGGUGAUGACCAAGGAGACCAUCAACCCACAGCAUGAGAAGAAGGUGGCUUGGAUCAAGAACAAGGUGUUCCACGCAUACUACCAGAACAGCAAUGAUGACAGGUUACUUGUUGAGCGGAUCUUUAACAUCAACCUGGUGCCCUACAUGCUGCCAGCGAAUGUACGGAUGCUGAGAUUACUGCGACUCUACUGUACCCUUGAUGACCAUGCUGUCAAGGCAUUUAAUGAAUUAUUGAAGCACAGAAGUUCGGUCCGGGUCCAAGUUAUGCAGCUUCUAGAGGCUAUAGAACUACACGGACAGCCGAACGCCCCUCCACUCUUUCCAAGACUGUCAGGUCUUGCUCGUACGCUGCCUGAGCAACAAAAGCCACAGGAAUACCUGAAGAAGUUCAGUCAGAAACUGCGAGAUGACAAGCGGAUGCGACACCUGCUCAAGGUCGUCGUGCACCCUGAAUGCUCCUGUAAGAAGGCAGAGGAGGCUGUGAAAGAGAUAUUGAAAAAGAUUGGAUGUAAUCCUGGACAAGCCAAUUACAUGUACAACCUAGUCAAGUCGCUACUGGAACGUAUCGCCCCAGUAAUGAUUGAUGCUGUUGCCAUGGAGAAGCUUGUGAAUCACGUAAAUGAAACGUUAACAGGCAUUGGUGAGAACAUGGAUGGCAUCCACAAUGCUGGGGAGAAGUCUGUCAAGUUACUGCUGGCCCUGUCAUACGCAUAUCCACAUCACUUUCGAACUGCAGAAGUGUUUGAGAAGUUCCUCACGUUCUUGAAUCAUGACGACGACACAGUCAGUGAUAUUACACAACAGAUCAUCACCAACACUGGUUCAAACCUGCAGAGGAUGCACCCUGACAUAUACUCGAGUCUUGUGCCGGUGCUGGUCCGUACAGCCAAGAUGGGAAACCCCAAGCAGACAAAACAUGCCAUCAGAUGCAUCAGCGUAGUGUGCAAGAAAAAAGAGCCUAUUCUGGCUCAGGUGUUCGAGUAUGUGAAGAAGAACCUGGAUCCAGAGUCUGCAAACUACAUCACAUCAAUCGUAGCACUGGGACAUAUAGCCAAGUUGUGUCCGGAAGAGUUUGCCACAGACAUGAAAUCCAUUGUUUCCAGAAUCAUAGUGAAGGACCUCCUCAUGCAGGAUCAGACAGAGUGUGUUGAGGCAACAGAAAGCUGGUACAGUGACCAUCUGGUGUCUGAAGAAACACAAGCAAAGGUGCAAGCGAUGAAGCUGUUGGUGAGAUGGUUGCAGGGGCUGAAGAGCAACCAGAACAACUCGGGUACAUCAACACUCCGGCUUCUCUACACCGUCAUCAUACAUGAAGGGGAUCUUAUGGAACACGGCAGGAUCAAUAAACCGGAGCUGGCUAGGCUGCGGCUUCAGGCAGGGUGCUGUAUGUUGAAGCUGGCCGAGGAGACCUGCUACUCCGACAUCAUCCCUUGUGAACAGUUCCAGGCCCUGGCUCUUCUCAUCAAUGACAGCUGCUAUCACGUGAGAGUCAAGUUUGCCAUCAAGUUGCACAAAGGGCUCCUGAACAUGCGGCUGCCGCUGGAAUUCAUGAGUAUCUUCUCACUGGCAGCCAAUGAUCCACUGAAAGAGAGGCAGCGUCAGCUCAAACAGUUCCUUAACGUCAACAUUCAGAAGCGGCGUGACUACCUCAAGCAGAACCCUGCAGCUAGAAACCGAAUGUUUGCCAUCCUGCCAGACUACAUCCUGCCCUACACAGUACAUCUCCUGGCUCAUGACCCCGACUUCAAGACCUUCCAGCAGACAGAUGCACUCAAGAACAUUAAAGACUGCCUAUGGUUUGUGAUGGAUCCUCUGACUGGCCGCAGUGAGGACUACAACUAUGCCUUCUUCCGGCGGAUGAUCGAGAACAUGAAACAAACCAAGGAUGCCCAAUGUCCCGAGGACGAUGAUAUGAACAAAAAGUUGUACGCGGUGUGUGAUGUAGCCCUAGGUUUGAUGAACACCAAAACCACCAAUAUCACCCUGAAGGACAACAACACGGAACCUGUCCUGCCGGCGAAACUCUUCACCAAGCCGGACAAGUCUUAUGCCAACACAAAAAGUUAUCUUCCUAAAGACUUCAACUUUGAUGGGCCAAGGAGGAAGGGUGUGCAGGCCCUGAUUGACGGUCCGCCCCGCUCCGGCUACGGCAGCAAGCCAGAUCCCACCACCACAGAGAUCAUAGUGGAAAGCCCAGGGCCAGUUGUCAACCCACAUCCGAAGGUUCCGCGCAUCAAGAGAGGACCUCUCAGAUUAAAGAAAGACGAAGAGACGGGGAAGGAGAAUGACGGUGAUUCCAAUGAGUCGGAUUCCUUGGAGAAGAACUGUGGAGACUCUGACAAGUCCUCAAGUCCAGAAGUGGCCAAGAAAAGUACACGAAGUUCAUCUCAAGAUAAGAACUGUGCUGAAUCUCAGUCAUCGAGUGAACACACGAGCAGGGGAGGUAGGGGUGUAAAAGUUGGGACUAAACAAACAAGACUCGAUGACUUUAAAGUGAAACUUUCCCCUACUAAGAGGGGCAAGGAUUCUGUGAAAAAGUCUCUUGUGAAUGGUACAAAUAAAAGGACUGCAAAGGCAGGUGAGGGGGACAGUAGUGAAAGUGCAAAACAUUCUCGGAAACGUCACGGGAGUUCAGAAGAGGAUGUGCCAUCAAAACGAACACGAGGCGCGACCUCAGAGGACGUUGAAUCACAGAGAAAUACUAGGGCAGCAGAUACAAAAAAAUCAAAAGGGACAAAAGAUAAGAAUGGUGGUGGUGGGAAGAGCUAUAACUGUGACAUCAGUGAAACUGACAGUGUGUCCCAGGAGGGCUCAGUUUCCACGCCAGGAGGAGCUUCACCACGGAAACGCAAAACCUCGUCCGCAUCUCCUCAGCCUUCUGCUCAGGUUAAAAGGUCCCGUCUGACGCGCAGCAACUUAAAGACCCCUGACAGUGACCAGGAGAUAGUUCCCUCUCCCACACCCAGUGCAGAACCACAGAAGACCUUGCAGACCAAAAAGCAAGAAACUGUGGCAAAGAAGACCAAUGUUAGGAAUGUGCGGCGAGCAAAGCCAAUGUCCAAUGGUACCUCUGAUGGUGAGGACACAGCAGAGACAGACUCGCCAUCGUCACCGCCGCGGAGGGUUGCAGCUCUCGCCAGGGCCGUCCAGUCAGUGGGAGGGGAAGAUGCUGAAGGAGGGGUUCGAAGAAAAACACGAUCCAGGAAGAAAUAGGAGUGCACAAUCCUGGGAGUGAUGCUGUGUUCUUCUGUCCUGUGAGCCACCGAAGCAUCCAGCAAAGCAGCAUGGGGGCAUACACUUGGGGCAUACACAAAUCUGCAGGUCUGGCAACAAGCAACAAAAGUCCAUUGUACAGAUCUGUCAUGAUGAAAACAAAUUCUAGGCUACCUGUUGCUCAGCACUUGACCAUUUAAGAGUUACAUUUGCAAGUAAUGGAUAUUUUCUCAUUUGAAAAGCUUCACUUCUUAUGCCAAUGGCAGAUUAUUUCUGUAGCUGAACUUGAAGGUACUUUCUGAAGGCUGAUACUGAAGUUUGGUCUGCACAUGGAAUAGUGUGUACUUUUUCCAAUGGAACCCUUUGCUGUUCUAGUUUCAUAUCAAGUUGUAUGCAUUUUAUUUCUUAGUGAAAUACUUUCCUAUCAAUUGACCAAAAUGCUAGACCUGGCUUCUCGAUGACUCAUGAACUGUUUAUUUAUGCUGUGUUAUAUCUUGAAGUAGCAAUACAAAACAAAUAGCUUGUUUAUUUCAUAUAUUCAUGAAUCUGGAGUGUAGGUCACCUGAACAAGCCAUCUGUUUGAUUUAUGCAAAGCCAAUAACUCACUAUUGUGAUACACUUCAAAACCAGACACAACUCACCACGUGUUUCCUGUAUAAUGGCCCUGUAUGAAGUGGGCAUCAUCUUCAGUUGAUUCUAUGUUGACACCAAGUUGUUACCGAGUUGAGUUGUUCACCCCUGUUUCAUCACGUCAGUACCACUGUGAAUAGUACAUUAUUUUAUAAUUUGUCACAUCACCUACUGUUUUGUAAAUGGGAUCAAUUGUUUUGAAGAAUUCCAUGUCUGCUGACACUGAGCCCAGACAUUGGGUGAGGGUUGCAGAGACACCCGGAUGUGUACAGUAUUUGGGGCAGACGAUGUUGAGUCUGCGGUUGUGAAAACAGUUUGUUAAAUACUAUCAUUUAUUUUGAGAAUUGAAAUGUAAAUGUGGAAAAUUGAUUAAAAUGUGUUCUUUAUUCA